GUUAGUUUUUCCCUGUUCUCUAUUUCAUUUUAACUCCAGUUCUGGAAAUUGGUAAGAUAUCCUUUUCCUAAGGGUUUAGGGUUUUAGAGAGAGGGAGUGGUGAAACAGAGAAAACAUGGAGGCCUGUUGUUGUAAGAACCCUUUCUCUGUUGAUUCUCAUCUUCUGGCAACCAGUUUUUCAACCUCCUUCAACUCUCAAAAGCUUCUUCCCAAGAAAGGGAUGUUUCAUAAGACUAGAAGGAAUCCAAGGAUUGUAGCUUACCAUGGUCUCACAACCCCUCCAUAUAAACUUGAUGCGCUGGAACCAUAUAUGACCCGGGAAACACUUGAAAUGCAUUGGGGAAAACAUCAUCGUAAUUAUGUGGAUGGUUUGAAUAAACAACUCUCAGAUAACAAGUCACUGUAUGGUUAUACCUUGGAUGAGCUUGUGAAAGUCACAUACAAUUUUGGGAACCCAUUACCAGAGUUCAACAAUGCUGCUCAGGUUUGGAAUCAUGAGUUCUUCUGGGAAUCGAUGCAACCAGAUGGUGGUAAAAUACCCGGAGAAGGUGUCAUUCAGCAGAUUGAAAAGGACUUCGGUUCUUUCACUGAUUUUAGAGAAAAAUUUGUAGAAGCUGCUUUGUCUCAGUUUGGUUCUGGUUGGGUUUGGCUUGUCUUGAAAACUACAGAGAAAAGGCUCGAGAUAGUUAAAACGUCAAAUGCCAUUAAUCCGCUCAUAUCUGGCGAUAUUCCCAUCAUUAGUUUGGAUGUGUGGGAGCAUGCCUACUAUAUAGACUACAAGAAUGACAAAGCGAAGUACGUGGAUGUUUUUCUGAACCAUCUUGUAUCAUGGAAUGCAGCAACGGCACGCAUGGUUCGGGCAGAAGCAUUUGUAAAUUUAGGGGAACCAAAAAUUCCAGUUGCUUGAUAAGUUUCAAGUCUGUAUAAAUUUUGUGUGCUGCUAUUAAUCUUGGUGUUUUUAGGAAUAUUAAUCAAUUGAGUGAUGCUUUCAUUUGGUCUCCCUUCACAUAUGUUGGGUUCUCCCUGAAUGUUUACAUUGAAUUUGUUGGUCUGGGUAUUUAUUCCAUGAGGGCUUAAUGCAACCUAACUCAUCCUCCCAUUAA